AUGUCGACAUUAAUUAAUAGCCCUUGGAAAAGGAAUGCCACCCUGGACUUGGAAUGCCUCCAUCUAAUCGGCACUGGCAGUUUCGGCAGAGUGUACAAAGCAAGGCAAACCCUUCUCGGAAAUAUUGAGUUUCACUACGCCGUAAAGCAAAUCUUUGUCUACAAGACGCUACAACAGUUCGAGUGGGACCCAGUCAAGAUGUUGCGAGAAGUGAUCCUUUUGCAGGAGAUUAACCACACAAAUGUCGUCCGGUAUUAUUCUUUUUGGUUGAAUGGCUUAGGUUGGGAGAGUUCUCGGCCAGAAUCUCCGCAAUUUAGUUCGACCCGUGCAGACAGCGAGUUUCUUUAUACUGUGAUGGAAUUGUGUGAUUUCUCGCUAAAGAAGUGGUUGGCGGAAAAUUCAAAUAUGCAAUCCCGCCAAGGGUUCAUCCCAGGGAUUAUGCUAAACGCGCUAAGUGGUCUGAGUUAUCUGCACGAUAGGUCGAUCAUACAUCGAGACCUGAAACCUGAUAACAUCCUGGGGAGGAGAGAUGUCAAUGGGUUGGUCGAGUGGAAGAUUGGGGAUCUCGGUCUGGCCAGAAAGUAUGGGCAGGACGACCUACAAAGUGAGAUGGUGGGCUGUCUCGAGUACAGAAGUCCGGAGAAUGAGAAUUCAAAAAUGGCGGAUGUGUACGCAUUAGGGAAAACGUUUUCAAAUUUGUUUCCGAAGGAUGUCCCGGGAAGCACGACAGGGUAUCCCUUUUCAUGUCAGAUUGACCCGGUUGGAUUUCCUUGUGACAAAGUUUUAACACUUAUCAAAAAUAUGUGUCAUCAAGACAAAUAUUUACGGCCGGUAGUUAAGCAAGUGAAGUUGGAUGUGAAGUCAAUUUUAGACUUUGACAAGAACAUGACGGCAGCGGGGGUGACAAAAUGCUCGAAAGUUGCAGGUUAA